GUGUUGUGUUGUUAUUAAUAAUCUCAUGCGCAUUUCUUUGAUAGAGUUGAAAUGGAAGCUAAGAAAGUUGUAGCUGAUUUGACCCAGGUUGAAAAAUUGAAAAGUGACAAUUAUAAUGUUUGGCGCUAUGAGAUCCAAUUUUUUCUCAAUGAGCUAGAGGUCUUGGAGACCCUCGACCAUGAGAUGGUUGAGCCAAAACUUAGUGACUCACCACAAUAUCUUUGUGAUCUUGAGGCCUUUGAAAAAUGGUACAAGAAAGAUCAAUAUGCGCGACUUACUAUGAGGACAUGAAGGCUAAGCGCCAAGAGGCAGCUGAGCCAAAUGGUUCAUGCAUCAUAGUUGAGACUGUCCCUUGUAGGUCUGGGUACCAGCGAAGGAAGGCUAAACGCGCCCUUAAGAAAGGAGUUGCUAUAGGCCUUAACCCUAUUAGCGCUGGUUCUUUUAAGCGCAAUAGAGGCAAGAAGAAGAGUGGUGACAAAAACAAGGCCAGAAAGGCAUGCUUUUACUGUGACAAGUUGGAACACUUUGCUCGUGAGUGCACUGAGCCUAAGAAGAUUCAAGAGCAACCAACCAAUUAGCGAAGAAACAAGAAAGGUUUGUAGAGUAUCACUGAGUUCCAGUUGGAGGCCAAAGAGUUUUCAUGAGAAACAAGUCUAGUGUGUUAGUGCUGGGCGUUGGAAAGCUGGACAUGCGACAUGGGCGCACUUUAUUUUUUCAUGAAGUACUUUAUGCUCCAAGAAUUUGACGAAACUUGUUAUUAGUCACUAGCAUGAUGGGUCUAAGUUUUUAUUUUUGUUUGAGAGUAGCUAAGUGAG